GUUUGCUGGCCAAUAAUAUCCUGUGCUCUUCUUUAAAAGGCUGGGUGUGUUUUGUGGGGCUUCAUUUCUGCGGAGAUCAUGAUGAAGGGAGCCUCUGUAGGAGUCGGCCUCCUUGGGCUGCUGCUGGCCUGCGUUACCACAGCACCAACCGAUAAGAACAGGGACUGGGACAUCUACAGCUUUCACAUCAACUCCACAGUGACCAGUCGCUAUGCAACCACUAUCAUCACCAGCCGGGUUGCCAAUCGGAUCGACCAGUCACAGGAAAUAGAAUUCCAUGUUAAGAUUCCCAAGAAUGCUUUCAUCAGUAAAUUCAAAAUGACCAUUGAGGGGCAGACGUAUGAUGGGGUUGUGAAACAGAAGGAGGAGGCUCAGCAGCAGUACACUCAGGCAGUGUCUCGUGGUCAAAGCGCUGGCAUAGUCAGUUCAGUGGGGAGGACCCUUGAGGAGUUUAAGACAUCUGUGACUGUGGCCGCGCUCAGUAAGGUGACCUUUGAACUGACCUAUGAGGAGCUGCUGAAACGCCGAAUGGGCAAGUACGAGUUGCUGAUCCAUGCUCGACCCAUGCAACCUGUUGCUGACUUCAAGAUUGAUGUGUACAUCAAUGAGCGACCAGGCAUUCACUUCCUGGAGAUAACAGGAGGGCUGAGCACCAAAGCACUGGCAAAUGCCAUCACCAAAACACAUGCUUCUAGUGAGGCCUGGGUACAUUUCUACCCCAGCAAGGAGCUGCAGAGCCAGUGUGAAAGCUGUGGAGAGCAGGGCCUGAAUGGAGACCUGGUCAUCACCUAUGACGUCCACAGGAAAACAUCCAUGGGAGAUCUCAAUGAGUCAGAGGGGUAUUUUGUCCACCACUUUGCCCCCAGUGACCUACCACGCAUUCCAAAGAAUUUGGUCUUCAUCAUCGAUCGGAGUGGCUCCAUGCGUGGCAGGAAAAUGGAGCAGACCCGUGAGGCCUUGUUGAAGAUCCUGGGAGACCUGGCAGAGGACGACCACUUUGGCCUGAUCACGUUCGACAGCUCAGUGUCUACCUGGAGGAAGGAGCUGCUGCCGGCCAACCAGGACAACCUGGAGGCUGCCAAGAGCUUCGCACGAAACAUCCAUGAAAGAGGAGCCACCGACAUCAAUGCUGCUGUGUUGGAGGGCACAGCCAUGCUGAACCGACACCCACAAGAGGGCUCAUUCUCCCUUCUUAUACUGCUCACUGAUGGAGACCCAACCACAGGUGAGACCAACCUGAAAAAGAUCCAUAAGAACAUAAAGGAGGCUAUUGGUAAGAAAUUCCCCCUUUACUGUCUCGGCUUUGGAAUGGAUGUCAACUUUGACUUCCUGGAGAAGAUGGCGCUGGAGAACAGUGGUGUGGGACGCAGAAUAUAUACGGACUCUGAUGCUGCUCUGCAGCUGCAGGGCUUUUAUGAAGAGGUGGCUACACCCCUAUUGACGGACGUGCAGAUGAUAUAUCUGGGUGGGGCUAACCUGACCCAAACCAACUUCAGCCAGUAUUACAACGGCUCCGAGAUCGUUGUGGCUGGCCAGAUCCCCGACAACAACAUAGAGAUGUUUACAGCAGAAGUCAUAGCCAUAUCGAAAAGCAAUAGGGUGAUGUACUCUGACACAUUACCAAAGGAGGAGCCCAUUGAAGCCAGGUCUGACAGCCACAUCCAGAGGCUGUGGGCCUACCUCACUGUAAAGCAGCUCCUGGACAAAGAGGUGCAGUUGAGCGGGAAGGAAAAGGAGAAAGUGAAGAAGGAAGCCCUGGAUCUUUGUAUGAAGUACAGCUUUGUGACUCCUUUCACCUCAAUGGUGGUCACCAAGCCCCAGGGAGAGGACUCACAGGUGGCCCACAAGCCCAAGGAGGGGGAGAAACCGAUACGAUCUAGUCAAGUCGUCUCCGGGUCAAGAUUACAAGGCUUGAAAGACCAAGUCAACAGCCACCCUGUGAUGGCAGUCCAAGACGCUUAUGCUGGUCCUUCCCCAAAACAAGGACUAAGAGAAAAUGCUCCGCAAAGGGGAGAAAGAGGAAAAGGAAUCAUGUCAAGAGUCGGCUCAAUGCGUCGUACUAAUGACCAUGCUGUACAGAAGUCAUUUCCUGACUUUGCCAUGGCUUUUCUUGAUUUUAAUGAUCCUCCGCGAGCUCACGCAACUAAAACUACAAUGAGAACUACAACUACAACCGUGAGUCCUCUCCGGAGGUUCCUGUUGCCCGCUGAGGGUCAGGCUCUGCCACUGUGCUAUGACAUUCCUGUGGCUCUCUCUCUCAGACUCCUACUAGACCCCAACAAUGAGUUGUCUAUGAAUGGUCAGCUUGGUCAAUCAGCCAGUGCAGGCUACCGGAAGAUUGUGAUCCAUUACAGAAGCGAUCAACAUAUUGAGUUAGACACUACUGGCAUCACCUUCAACGAUGAGCAGAAUACAACAUACUUCUCCUGGAGCCCUAAAAUCAACCACAAAACAGACAGUGUGUCUCUGAUCCUAAGGGACAAGGAGAUGGAUGUCAACAUAGCGUCAACACGGGUCGUCAUCAUGCUCUACAAGAGGAAUGGAAUCACGUUCCUGUGGCCCGUCCUGAGGCAGCGCCCGACAGGAGACAACAUUAUCGGGAUCAUGGCUCAUCCACCUGUUGCCUAUGAGGAGGUCCAGGGAAUAACAAUGAAACUUAAGAUUCAGGACAAAGAAGUCGACGUCUCCAGGGACUCUGCUGUGGAUCUCAGUGUUCGCUCUACUCCCACCGUGGCAUGCUGGUUGAUGCCUCUUCAGUCUGCCCUACAGGGGGAGCUAGCUGACUUCACCGUCACACAACUCUAACUGACCGUGUAGUUGCUCCUCCACCGCCAACUCAUAAACGUUUAACAUACAAUAAUUAUGUUCCAGAAUUAAGCAGAGCAACCAUUAAGACUGAGGUUUCUAGGAGUUCACAUAGUAACACAACUCAAAUCUCCUGUGACAAAUUCAUUGUACAAUAAAUAUCAUGUUUGGGAACA